AUGCGGACCAACAUACUCUCGACCCUCGCGGCGGUGUGCCUCAGCCUAGUCAGCGCCACUCUGACAUGCAAGUCUGAAUCGCAACCCAACCCAAUCGCGGCGUCCAGCGGCCUCAACAUCACCGGCACCAUCAACGGCACCCUCGCCGUCCUGCCUAUCCCGCUUUCUCAGGCGCAGAGCAUCGUCGGCUCGAAAUACACCAUCCAGACGGCUGUCUACCGCUCCCUGAUUCCGUCACUGCCCGAAGACACGUACCCGGCGCUCCUCCAGGCUGUGCUCGACCACGAUGUCCAGGCUGGCGGCAUCGGAAUCCCAGACUUCACUCGCAUAUCAAUCGAAUACCCAUUUCUGUCGAUGCCAGGCGCCAGCAGCACUUCGCUCUUCCGCCUCGCCAACACGCAGCUCAUGACAGCCACCAAUCCCGUCGCCCUCGCCGGCUCCGCCUCAUACGGCACACGCGUCAUCCCGGCCAGCUUCGACCCGCCCUGCGACGCCUACGCCUACACGGACCCACCCAGCAGCAUCAACGUAACGACGACACAUCUCAACGCCAACCGCCCCAUCCCCGCCCACGGCGCGCUCUUCACGACCACCUUCAGCACGCUCGGCGCGUGUGGAGGCGAUGGCAAUGUUGGCUGUGAUGAGAUGCACGACAGCCCGUACCCGCUGUCCUUCUUCGCCAAUGUCACCAACCAGCCCUCGUUCGCGGACCCGGCCAAGGGCUGCGAUUACCAGCGCAGGGACUUCGACACGGUCGUCACCAUGGCGCCGUGGGAGCCCGUGGCGGUUAGGGGCGAGGUGUGGGCGAGCAAGGACGUGUUUGGGGGCGAGGACGCCGGGACGACGUGGAAGGGCGUUUGGGGCGUGAAGGUUGACACGGCGUUUCUGGAGAUCAACUAUCAAAAGUGCGAGAAGUUGUGA